AUCGACGCCACGUUCAAAUUGCACUCGCCAGACCGGCUCUCGCUCGCUUCCAGCGAUAGCGUGAAACCCCACCUUUUUCUUGGCACCGGAACGCUCCGGCAUCCAUGGCAACGCUUGCUGCUGCUCGUGUUAGCUAAGCUCCACGUCUUGUGACGUUCGGUUGACUAUUGUUGUUCUUGUUUGUUUGCUUGUUUUUUCCUCGGCAGAGAUGAGUCGAACUCCGGAUGCGCGAACGAGGUCACAUUUGUUCGUCAUUGGCUUGGCUUGUGUUUCGAUGUGAAAGGCUCUUAGCCGAACUAGUUAGCCGCGUGUUGCUAACACCCCCGAAAAAAAAACCCGAACCGCUGCCUCGACGUCCCUUUGCGGCGAUCGGGCAAGGGAUGUAUGAAUGAAUGAUUGCGAACCCAGCGGGAUAUUUAGUGGACAUUUUCGGGACAACCUCGCUUUGCAAGUGCUCGUCGUACAUUUGUCCAUCUCGUGGGAGGGCAUUUCACCAUUCUGCCCGUCACUCGUUGUAUGUCGCUAGCAUGGAUCGAUGGCCCAAGACCUCAUCGUUGUUCAUGUGUGGUCGGAUGCGUUGUUUGCUUGUUCAGGGACAACCAGACCAAGAGGAUCCAGGAGAACAUCAGCAACGUGGAGAAGCAUUUCGACGAGAUGUGUCAAAUGUUUGCCGCCUACGGCCGCAAAGCCGCCAGGCUCCGCGACAAGGCUGAUGUCCUCGUGCGGGAGGUGGCCGACUACGCCGACACCGAGACCCCCGGCCUCAAGAAAGGCAUGAAGCGGUUCGCCGAACACCUGGCCCAGAUUCAGGACUACCGGCAAGCCGAGGUGGAGCGACUGGAGGCCAAGGUGAUCGAGCCGCUGAAAGGUUAUGGCGCGGUGGUGCGACGCAAACGGGAGGACGUCAAGGCGGCCCAGAGCGCCAGGUCGCGCGAGUCCAAGCAGAUGCUGCAACUGGAGCGCACUCGCCAACGAAACCCAUCCGACCGACAAGUCAUCUCUCAGGCCGAGAGCGAGUUGCAGCGGGCCACCAUGGACGCGGCGCGCACCACGCGCCAGCUGGAGGAGACCAUCGAUGACUUUGAGAGGCAGAAGAUCCGAGACAUCAAGAGGAUCCUGUGCGACUUUGCCAGCCUGGAGAUGUGCUUCCACGCCAAGGCCUUGGAGCUCUACACGCUGGCCUACCAGAGCAUCAGCAGCGUAGACGAGGACAACGACCUGGAGGUGUUCAGGAGCUCGCUGCACCCGCCCGACUACGCCGAGCGCUUGGAUGUGGUGCGCACCAACUCUCUGGACGGGACCGCAGCCUCCUUCCUGACGCCCGCGGCCACCUUCCAGCAACAGAGAGCCUCCGGGAGGCAGGCCGAGGACAAGGAAGACGACGAGGAGGACGAGGACGAGGAGGAUGAGGAGGAGGAAUCUGAAGAAGAGGAGGAGUCUGAUGAGGAGACGCGAUGAUGAUCCGAACGUCAUCUGGACAGACAAACAGUAUUCCCCAAAUUGGAAAAUAUUGUUGAGGGACACAUUUGGUUCAAUGAGUCUGUCAUUGAACCAAAUGUGCUAACUAACCAACAAGCAGUCUUUGAUCCGUUCCUCUUUCAUAUAUAA